UGCACAUACGUAAGUUAACAUUUUGUAGCAGAAUGUUUGGUUUUGUGAAACUGCUUUUAAAAUAUCGACUUGCAUUCAUAUUAAUCAUUAUAGCCGUGUUGGUUAGACUUUAUCAGAAAGAUGUUGUGCAGCUCUUACAAAUCGCAGCUGCGCGCUAUUUAAAUAUCGCCGCCAAUAAGCAGACGGACAGCGUCUCUGUGCGGUUCACAGAUACACGCGGCAAUCUCUUCACACCGGAGCAGCUGGCCACGUACAAUGGCGAGAAUGGAGCAGCCAUCUAUUUGUCGCUGCUUGGCGCCGUCUAUGACGUUUCACGUGGACUAAAGCACUACGGACCCGGCUGCAGUUAUAAUUACUUUGUCGGUCGCGAUGCUUCCGUUUCCUUUGUCAGUGGCGAGUUCGAACACUACGAUCCGAAGACGGCUGAUGAUGUGCUCAGCCUGAAGGCCAACGACUUGAUCGAGCUGGCCAAGUGGCAACAGUUCUACGAGAAGGAAUACAUAUAUAAAGGCAAACUUAUUGGACGCUUCUAUGACGAAGAGGGCAAGUCGACCGUCUACCAUCAGAAAUACCUGGCACUGCUGGACCAAGCACAGAUAGCCAAGGCGCAAGUAGAUGAGCUGCGCAACAGAUAUCCUGGCUGCAAUAUCGAGUGGUCCGAGGCGAAAGGCACACGCGUAUGGUGUACCACAACAAGCGGCGACGGCAAGAAGCGCGAUUGGCCCGGCUAUCCACGCAAGCUAUAUGAUCGUGACAAUAAGAACUUUCACUGCGCCUGCGUACCCGAGGCGGAGUUAAAUGAUCCAAUGUUCAAAUCAUAUGAGAAUUGUGCGUCUCGCUCGGAGGAAUGUUUUUAUCGUGUCUGAAUAUUGUGUAUAUAUAUUGUGUAUUAUAGCUUAUGGGUUCAAGUAGUGAACAAAAUACAAUACUAAUAUAUUACAUCUAAAA